AACCCCAGUUAUAAGCUCAAAGUUGUACUUGACCUUUUUAAAGAAGCACGAAACGAAAAACCCUAAAAUUCCCAAGCAGAGAAAGAGAGACAGAGCAAGUACAGAUUUCAACUAGCUCAAGAUGAUCAUCCCUGUUCGUUGCUUUACUUGUGGAAAGGUGAUUGGAAACAAAUGGGAUCAGUAUCUUGAUCUUCUCCAGCUCGACUACACUGAAGGGGACGCACUUGAUGCACUCCAGCUAGUCAGAUACUGCUGCAGGCGUAUGCUAAUGACUCAUGUUGAUCUGAUUGAGAAGCUUCUCAACUACAACACUCUGGAGAAAUCAGACAACAGUUAGAAGAGGAUGCAAAUCUGCUGAAAAAGUUUUCCUCUUUAGAGGCUUAAAUAUUAGUAUGUAUGAAAACAUUUGGUGUAUGUGGUGUAGACCCUUCAACUCCAUCUAAAAUUAUAUAUGUGUGUCAGUUACUUUCUCGUGUGAUUCAAUCUCAUGAUUUCCUGACCUUGAAGAUUUCUCCUUUGGAUUCAUGUUUCAUUAGUAUUAUUGAGGUGAUUUUCAUGGCCAUAACUGAAAACCUUUGAGAAAAGAGUUAAAAGUCACUGGUCUUC